AGGAGCCUGUCUUGUCCAUCAUCACAGCGGGUAUCCUCGUGCAGGACCAGAUUUGAUUGCGUCGUGUUCGCACACACGGCUGGCACGCGACAUAACACACACGUUCUUGGCUGAAGUCUGGUGUUUUGCUAUGGAAAAACGAGGCUCUUUCUCUUUGCGCGUGACUUUGCUCAUGUUCAUCUCUCUGGUUGGUUCAGAACUGUCUGGCAACUGUCCGAGAUGUGAUCCUGGCUUUAUUCCCCAGGGCUGCAAGUGCAUCCGCUGUCCAAAGAACACAUACUGGUUGAUGAGGCAGGGCCAUGCCUUCUGCGAGCGAUGUACCAUGGUCUGCUCAGCUCAGCGACACUUGGUGGAAGUAAGCGCCUGCACGAGCACCUCGAAUCGCGAGUGCCACUGCCAGGCAGGUUUCUUCUGUACCAGUGCCGCACAGUACACUUGCCGAAGGUGCAAGCCAUGUCCAGAGGGCACCUUCUCAAAUGUCACUUCCCGUUCUAAGUCCUGCCAGUCAUACACAGAUUGCACCACUUUGGGAAUGGCAGUGAUUACAAAGGGAAGUAGGACUCACGAUCAAGUGUGUGGCUCGCUCAUGACUGCCCUUAAAUAACCCCCGGUUACGAACUUUCAGCUAGCUAUGCCAAAUGCAAAGCAAUCU